UGUUGUAGUGCUUACAAGAUCCUUGUCCUUCUCUUUUCGUGUCUGACAUCCCUCGGACUGUAAGCCUUGAAGGGCCUUCUUCCAGAUGUCUCAAUUGCUUCUGGCUGCGACAGUCCUCGUCCUCGCACUUGUCGCAAUUGUUAGUCUGGACAUUAUGGGCUUCGCAUUCUGGAAGGGGAACCAAUUCCCAGUGGAGGGCAAGACAGUCCUACUCACCGGCGCCUCUCAAGGAAUGGGCAAAGAGGUUGCCAAACUGCUCUCCGCCCGUGGCGCGAAUCUCGUCCUAGUCGCCCGAACCACAAAGAAUCUCGAAUCCGCUGUGGAGUACGCGCGAUCGCACGCAAAGAACCCCUCAGCACAACGGUUCCACUACAUCUCCGCGGAUGUGACCUCGGAGACCGAAAACGAACGCAUCCUUACUGAUGCCACCGCCUGGAACAACGGCGUCAUGCCUGAAGUCGUAUGGGCCAUCGCCGGUGCUUCGACACCUGGGCUUUACGUGGAGACUAGCACCGAAACCUUGCGCAGGCAGAUGGAUCUGAACUACUUCGCAGCAGCGUAUCUGGCACACAAAACGCUGAAGGCCUGGUGGUACCCUGACACACCAUAUUCGUCACAGGCACAGGGUGCUGUGCCGCAAGGAACAAGACACUUUAUCAUCACGUCCUCAGGAGCGGCGCUGGUAGGCCUGGCGGGUUACACACCAUACGCACCUGCUAAAGCUGCAUUGCGAUCACUGGCAGAUGGUCUGCGCUCUGAGGCCCUGUUAUACAACGGUGCCCGUCGCUCAAAGGUUGCUACCGGGCAGGAACCUGCACCCUUCGACGUCAACGUACACGCUGUCAUCCCAGGCACAAUACUCUCGGCAGGGUUCGCGAACGAGGAGAAGACCAAGCAUCCAGUCACACGUCUGCUUGAAUCGUCUGACCCUAGGCAAACUGAGAUUGAGGCUGCAACCGCCGCUGUGAAAGGGCUUGAGGGUGGUAGCUAUAUGCCUACAACAAACUGGCUGAUGGACAUUCUACGCUUGGGAUCGCUGGGUAGCAGUCAAAGGAACAACAUCGUCGUCGAUACCUUCAUGGCAGGCAUCGUGUCCAUUGCGUGGUUGUUCAUGGUACCCGAUCUCGACGGUAAGGUCUGGGGAUGGGGUAAGAAAGAGGGCAUGCCCAAAUUUAGGCAGAAUGCCCAAUAGGCGUUUCCGGUAUCACUUAUGGUAGCGUGCGUAGUCCGCGAAUACCCAUUUGCCGUUUCUAUAGAAGCGCAUGAUCACAUGUUUGUUUCCAGAGGAAGCAAUCAAAUUCGCAACA